CGCUACCUUCAUCUAUCUUCUUCCUUGCGCUGCAACACAAAUUGCAGAUUUUGUCUGGCCAUAGGAGUCGCCAAUUGAAUGAGUUCAACGUCUUGGUCAUCCUCUCGUGGAGGAAGGGAUGAAACCCAAAUCGAGUGUUCAAUUGAAUGCCACCAUGGGGUGUGUUCAAAACCUAGAACGGUGAAAUCAGGCUCUAACCGUGGUCGAAGAUUUUAUGGAUGUGCAUUAUGGCCCAACGCAGAUUGCUCGUUUUUUCAAUGGGUUAGGGAUUAUCCACCCAUGGCGGUUGCAGAUGAAAAGAAAAGGGAAAAAGGAAGAAUAAUAAUCGACCAUCUUGAUGAGGAGAAAAAAGAUUUAGAAAACCAAAUUGCAAAGUUGAAAAAGAAGAAUCAAAAGCUCAAAGCUAAAAUUGAGGAGCUCCAGGAAUUAGUUUCCAAGCAUGCAAAAGGAGAGAAGUACUCAUUUAUUGGUCUGCUCAUCUCCUGGAUUGUUUUUGCUGCUGUGAUGUAUGGGAAGUCCAAGUGAUAACUAUGUUAUUCUUGAUGGUUUGUAUUGUUAGAUUAGUAGAAGUGUGUGAACUGUGAAGUGUUGUAUGGGAGGAGAAUGUUAUGUGUUGAUGGUGUGUAUUGUUAGAUUAGUAGAAGUGUGUGAAGUGUGAACUGUGAAGUGUUGUAUGGGAAGAGUGUUAUGUGUUGAUGUUGUGUAUUGUUAGAUUAGUACUGGUAUGUUUGUGUUGUGUGUUUGAAUUGUGGCUUCAUGAAUACCUUGGUUCCUAAAAAAAAUUCAGC